UUCUUCGAUCCAGUGCUCGGAGGCGAAGAACAGCUCGAGUGACAGACAAUGGCAAGCGCAGCCCCUACUAUCGUGCUCGUCCCGCUCUGCGUCCCCGGCCACCUCCCGUCCUUGUUCGAGGCCGGCAAGCGGUUGCUCCGCACCAGCGGGGGCGCCAUGUCGCUCACGGUGCUCUUCAUGCAGAUGACCAUGGAGGCCAACCUGAUGUCCGACGUCGCCGACCUCAUCCGCCGGGAAGCGGGGUCCGGCCUGGACAUCCGCUUCCACCACCUCCCCGCCGUGGAGCUCCCCACCGACUCGCACGGCACCGAGAACUUUAUCAUGCACUUCAUCCAGCUCCACGCGCCGCACGUCAAGGCCACGCUCUCCGGCCUGGCCUCCCCGGUCGCCGCCGUCGUCGUCGACUACUUCUGCACCACCCUGUUCGACGCCAUCCGCGAGCUCGCGCUGCCCGUGUACGUGUACGUGCCGUGCUCCGCGGCCAUGCUCGCGAUCAUCCUGCGUCUGCCGGCCCUCGACGAGGAGGUGGCGGGGGAUCUCGGGGAUAUGGAAGGAGCGGUGGAAGUGCCCGGGAUGCCGCCGGUGCCGGCUGCCCUCCUGCCGACGCCGCUGCUGAAGAAAGGCCCGAACUACGCGUGGAUGGUGUACCACGGCAGACGCAUCAUGGAGGCCGCCGGCAUCAUCGUCUACACGGUGGCCGAGCUGGAGCCGCCCGUGCUCGCGGCCAUCGCCGACGGCCGCUUUCCGACCGUCUACCCGAUCGGCCCCGCGCUGUCGUCGGUCAAGGCGCCCCGCGAGCAGCCGCACCGGUGCGUGGUGUGGCUCGACGCGCAGCCGCCGGCGUCCGUCGUGCUGCUCUGCUUCGGGAGCAUGGGCGGUAGCUUCCCGGCGCCGCAGGUGAGCGAGAUCGCUGACGCGCUCGAGCGCAGCGGGCACCGCUUCCUGUGGGUGCUCCGUGGCCCCGUACCGGCCGGCGCCCGCUCGCCGUACCCGUCCGACGCCAACGUCGACGAGCUCCUCCCGGAAGGGUUCCUGGAGAGGACCAAGGACAGGGGCCUCGUGUGGCCCACGUGGGCGCCGCAGAAGGCCAUCAUCGCCCACGCGGCCGUCGGCGGGUUCGUGACCCACUGCGGGUGGAACUCUGUCCUCGAGAGCAUGUGGCACGGCGUGCCGCUGGCGCCGUGGCCGCAGCACGCGGACCAGCACUUGAACGCGUUCCAGCUCGUGUCCAUGGCGGGCGUCGCCGUGGCCAUGGAGGUGGACCGGAAGCGGGGCAACUUCGUGGAGGCCGCGGAGCUGGAGCGCGCGGUGCGGAGCCUGAUGGGCGGCGAGUCGGAGGAGGGGCGAAAGGCGAGGGAGAAGGCCGCCGAGGCGAAGGCCCUGUUCCGGCGCGCCGUGGAGGAGGGCGGGUCGUCGGACGUGGCGAUGAAGAAACUGGCCCGGGAGAUGUUGGAACAUCGUGGAUGCGAGGCUGAGGCUUCUGCAACUGCAAGCCUGGUUCGCUAGUGUGGUUGGUGUAUCCUGUCUGUGUCUGCGUCUCCAACAUUUGCAGAACUUUCGUAGCUCUGUUUGGCUUGAAUAAUGUUCUCUUGAGUCAUGUU